AUGAACCUUCAGCUGUACAUCGCAGACAGAUACCAGAGAACACCUCCCACACACGACGAGGUGGCGAACUUUGCGAGUUUUACCUACAUUCGGAUCAUCGCUAUCGUGCAGUUCGUAUUCUUCAUUGUACCCUUUCCGUUGAAAAUUCUUACUAAACACUAUCAAAGAGGUCAAACAUGGGUCACCACCAACUUUCUUCCGGUCGUCAUCGGUCUCUUUCAUUUUGCCGUCACAUCAUUAUGUCUGUGUUUUGCUUUUCGACUUCAACUACUACUCAACUACGUCCGACGCUCUCGUCGUUGGAAUUCGUUGGCUUGGGUAGCAUGGCGGAAAAUCUGUUGGAUUUUGCCGUUCGGUGUGAUUGUCAACAUGCCACUUUGCUUCGAAUACAAUUUGGACUACGAUUUCUGUAUGAUUGGUAAAAGCCCACAUGCAAUUGGACGUGCCAAACUUUCUGAGACAGCUCGACAGGACCAUAUUAAAAUGGAGGUGAUACGAUUCACACCUUUUACCAUUUUAAACGUGAUAUGUGCUGUGCUGUGCUGUGUGUGUUUCAUCGUUUCCGAAAGAUGUCUGCUACCACAAUUCGGUUCACCAUAUGCGACAAAGCAUGCACCAUUGCUUGCAAAUCUUCGACCGAUUCUACUGGCGUUGAUCAUUUCACAGUCAGUGAUUCAUAAACCGAACACGUUCUGUGCCAUUAGAAGAUGUUCUAUUGACGACACGACAAAGUUGGUUCUUUAUGGUUUUGCUUAUUCGUUACCGUUUCCAUUAAUGGUUACGUUGAGCACUACGUUUCGAUCACACCUUUUCCAUAUUCUCGCCAAAUGGAUUUCUAAUGUAUUACAGGGCGCCUCCAAUCCCUGCGCUAAACGAGCCCUUAAAUUAAAUUCUUAUAUCAGACGAGCCGUGGCCUACAGUAAACUGGAGAUGGAGAAUUCUGAAAUCGAUAGUCGAAACUAUGAUAUACGGCCCUAUUUGAAUGCUUGUGGAGUAUAUUCUCUUCAGACUCACUGGAUAGCCGUAUUACGGCGUUCCAGAGUAUUCACUAGAGGUCGUUGCUAG